AUGGAUCAGUUGACCUCACGAGACUGGAGAAAGCUUCAAGCUAGGGACAGAGUGCUGUCUCCAUUCAUCAGCGCUGUGAGAGAGAAACGUAAACCGUCACGCCAGGACAUGUACCCAGCACAACUGUCUAUACUACGUUAUUUUGAGCACCUAGUGCUGAAAGAUGGAAUCCUGUGCAGACAAACCAACCAUGAAGGUGAAAUAGCGCUGCAGCGCCUUAUACCGUCAUCCAAGGUACACCAGGUCUUGGAGGCAUCACAUAAUGAUGUUGGUCAUCCUGGCAGGGACCGGACACUAUCACUUGUGAAGGAAAGAUUCUUCUGGCCUGGGAUGUUGAAGGAUGUUGAGAACUGGUUGCAGAAGUGUCCAAGAUGUAUCAGGAGAAAAACCUCUACAGUACAGAUAGCACCAUUGGUAAACAUCACCACUUCACAGCCUCUGGAGCUGGUAUGCAUUGAUUACUUGACCUUAGAAACAUCAAAAGGAGGAUAUCAGCAUAUUUUUGUGUUAACAGACCACUUUACUCGGUAUGCACAAGCUUACCCAACCCGCAAUCAGACAGCAUGGACCACAGCAGAAGUCUUAUUCAAUAACUUCUUUGUGAACUAUGGAUUUCCCAUCCGGCUGCAUUCAGAUCAGGGAGCAAACUUUGCUGGAAAAGUGAUUCAUGAGCUUUGUCAGAUUACUGGGAUAAGGAAGUCUAGAACAACGCCAUAUCACCCAAUGGGGAAUGGCAUCUGUGAAAGGUUCAAUCGCACUUUACUAGGCAUGCUGGGUACAUUGGAACCUGGACAAAAGAUGAACUGGAAAAAACACGUGGCACCCCUUGUACACGCUUAUAACUGCACCAAGAAUGAACAAACUGGGACAUCUGGGAAUGCCAAGGAAAGGCAGGAGAUAUUUGAUCGAAAGGUCAAGGGAGCAACCAUUGAAUGUGGUGACCGCGUACUAGUCAAGAAGCUUGUCCACGAAGGUAAACACAAGCUUGCAGACAAAUGGGAGGAGAUAGUCCACAUAGUGCAAGACCAACCUAAUCCAGAGGUACCAGUGUUUCGAGUCAAGCCAGAGAGAGGGGGCGGACGUCUCAGAACCCUACAUCGUAAUCUGUUGUUACCCGUGGGCAAUCUUGAACGGACAGAAAAUACUCCAGAGAAAGUCCCAGCAAGGUCAAUACGACGGGACCAAAGGAGAAAGGAAAAGUUGGAGGUGGAUAAUCGCGAUGACAGGAGUGUACUGGGAAGUGAGGAUGAUACAGAAGAGGACGAGUACUUAAUAGUUAGUCCACCAGCGGAUGUGACAGGCACCCCAACAAGUGCUCACGAGGACACAGAUGCUGGAGAGGACAUAGAAACUCCAGCAGGAGAGGGUGACGGCCCAAUUCAGCCUGGAGUUUGGAGAUGGUGA